AUGGGUGUUAGAGUGCCAAAUCAUUCAGUAUUCACUCCAUUGUUUUCCUCCGAAUUACUAACUAAAGGCUGUCUGGCAUGGGAAGAGGCAAAACCAAGAUGUGGAAGAACAUCACUUAUGUUUUUCACUUUGUCUGGGGAGUCAAGUCAUCCAAUGGAGGAUUUCGUAGUGUCUGAAUUCAAGAGAGUUGACUGCCAUGAACUUGGUUUGUUUGCCAUUUUUAAUGACUUGGUGCAUGAUGUGGCCAAGUACUUGCAGACUAAUCUCUUUGGCAACAUUAUUAAAGAGAUUGGUAAAGGAGGGACAACAGCUGUAACGGGGAUUAUAAUCGAUGGUCAAAAGCUAGUGGUUGCUCUAAUGUUGGAGACUCACGGGGAGUGGUGUCUGAACGGCGUUGCACAUCAGCUCUCGGUUGAUCACGGACUAAGCAAGUAG